AGGAGAAAUUGGAUCAUCUUUGUUCAAUUUAGGGUUCUGUAUCUUUGUCUCUUUGUCUGUUCGAUCUCCGUGCCUCAGAUUUUCUGGCUGUCGAGUGUUGUGUCACGAAUUCGUACGGUUUGGGUCGAACGUAGUGAUUUCAGUUCGCAGUUCAUUGUUCUAGAAUUCAAUCGACUCCUCGUUUGGACAAGGUAAAAUAGUUUCAAUGCACGAAGUUAGUGACUUCGUUACGUUCGGUUUGCAGGGAACGACGGAGCCUUCGUGGGUAACCCGUUGAGUACGACUUCGCGGGAGCUUUUGGUUAAUUGAACUUAGUAGCUGAAAUGUUGACAAUUUCCUUUGUUUUGAGGGUAGGAAUACAAUAUUGCUGGUGUAAUUGACUGUUCAGAUUCUCUUCUACCGCAAGAACAGGAAAAACCUUAUGUUCAUGUCUUCAUGAAAGGAUUUGAUAGGAGAUGCUUUAACUAUUGGCUAUCGGUCAUUAAUUAAUAUAUAUCAUCUACGUAUCUCUUUCCCAGUCAUGUUUGGUGCAGUACUGUAGUGGAAAGUGAAGAGUGCUGUGAUCAUGGAACAGUCAACACAACCAUCUCGCCCUGUAAUUGGAGUUGUUUCUGGUGCUGCCCAAACAGCAUAUGCUGCAACAACGUAUCAACGGGCUGCGGUGGUUACUGGAGAUCCAGCAGUGACAGGUGCUGUACCUCCCCCAACACAAAUGACCUCAGCAUAUCCUACUAACCCAGCCAAUCUUGCAAGCCAGCACCAGCUUGCCUAUCAGCAGGUCCAACAGCUCCACCACCAGCAGCACCAACAGCUCCAAGCCUUCUGGGCCAACCAGAUGUUGGAGAUAGAACAAACUAUGGAUUUCAAGAACCACAGCCUACCCCUUGCCCGGAUAAAAAAGAUCAUGAAGGCUGAUGGGGAUGUUCGUAUGAUCUCAGCUGAGGUCCCUGUGGUCUUUGCCAAGGCAUGCGAAAUAUUUAUACUGGAACUGACGCUCAGGUCAUGGAUCCAUACCGAAGAAAAUAAGAGGAGAACACUACAGAAGAAUGACAUUGCUUCUGCUGUUACCAGAACUGACAUAUUCGACUUCUUGGUCGAUAUAGUUCCCAGGGAUGAGUUGAAGGACGACGGUAUCGGGAUUGCAAGAGCUGCAUUUCCUGCUGUAGGCGCUCCUGCUGAUUCAAUUCCUUAUUACUAUGUGCCAGCACCCUCUCAGGUGCCAGGCCCUGUGAUGAUGAUGGGAAAGCCUGUAGAUCAAGCGGCUGCUGCGACGAUGUAUCCUUUUCAGCAGCCUCAUUCCAUGGCUUACAUGUGGCAGCAGCCUCCAGUGCAGCAGCAAUCGGCACAACAGCAACAGCAGGUACCAGAUGGUGAGUAAGCUAACAUAUGUUUUGUCAUCGGUUUGGAUGUUAAGAGGAAUGUCCAGUCGAGUGGCAUGUACUCUUUCUAAUGCGUCAAUUGUCCAAGUGGUUGCUAAGAUCGUUGUUAGUAGACCUCAGUGGAAGUUUGCUCGUUGCUGAAGCAGCAAUAAACUGUGUUCUGUGCCAAGAUGAAAAUGAAAAGCUCCUCUUGUGUCUUCA